AUGAUCCCUACAUUCGAUACUCGCCUUGCUAUCCUCGCCGCCUUACCCAUUUCAUUUGUUGGCAUCACCGCCCUGGGGCGGUUCGUUAAGAACAGACAGAACAAGCCUUCCAUUCCUCCUGGGCCAAUGCCGCUCCCCUUAAUAGGGAACAUUUUAUCUAUUGAUGCUAAAGCACCGUGGUUGACUUAUGCUCAAUGGCAUGCUGUUUAUGGGAAUUUGUUCUUCAUGCGGAUUCUAGACCAGGAUGUAGUCGUGAUCAAUUCUGAGCAUGUUGCAAAAGCCUUAAUGGACAAGCGGUCUCGCAUUUACUCCGAUCGACCAUACUUAGCCACAAGGGAGCCAUUUGGGUGGGCGGUCGUCUUUGCAUUCACACCUUAUGGUGAUGAAUGGCGUCUUUCCCGACGAGUCUUCCAUCAAACUUUCCGUCCCGAGUCUGCAGUAAAGUUUCGCCCCAUGCAGAUGAAACGGGCCCAUGAGUUGAUCGUAAACCUAAUCGAGGACCCUCAAGGUUAUCAUACCCACUUGGCAACAUUCUCGUCUUCUGUUGCGAUGGAAGUUGUCUAUGACUACCAGACAAAAGCUCGCGAUGAUCCUCUGGUUCGAACUGCGGAAAACGCAGUAGCUCUUGGUUUUUCUAUGAUUACUCCAGAGAAAUCAAUUUUGCUCAAGGCCUUCCCCUUCUUACUCAAGUUACCUGACUGGUGCUGGGGAUCCUCGAUAAAACGCGAUGCUCAAUCCUCGAGGAAUGGUAUGUCUGAAAUGACGGAGGUACCGUUUCAAUACGCACAACAGCAUAUGGCCGAAAACUUGUCCAAUGGCCAGCUUUCAAUGGUGACAGAAAAUUUGCAACGGAUGGAGAAGCAAGACGAGGGAUCCAAACCAAAGUUCGAGGCUGCAUUAAAGAGAGCAGCUACUACUGCUAUUGUGGGUUCAUAUGAGACGACUACUUCGACCUUGAUGGUUUUUGUUCUCGCCAUGGUGUCUUACCCAGAUGUUCAACAACGCGCACAAGCGGAGAUCGACUCAGUCGUUGGAAGCGAUCGCUUGCCUACGUUUGAGGACAGGGGAUCACUGCCCUACGUCGAAUCAGUUCUUCGGGAGGUUUUCCGAUGGUACCCCAUUGUACCCCUUGGUGUGCCACACGCUACAUCGAGUGACGAUAUAUAUGAAGGUUACUUCAUUCCACGAGGAACGACCGUGGUAUGCAACACAUGGGGCAUUGCACGAGAUGAAAAGCGGUACCCCAAACCGUCUCGUUUUAUGCCAGAGAGAUUCAUGGACGUCAACGGCGCAUUGACGGAUGAUGACCCUGCGGAAUACAUUUUCGGCUUAGGUCGGCGAGGAUGUCCGGGCCGGUUUACUGCUGAUUCCUCAGCGUGGUCUGCUAUUGUGACCAUGUUGGCCACGGUAGACUUUUCUCUUGCCAAAGAUGACCAGGGCAAAGCGAUUGACUUCACCCCCCAAUUCACGACGGGACUCACUCACUCGCCUACGGCCUUCCCUUGCAGUAUUACACCACGUGUUCACCUCCAUUCGGGAAUUUUUUGA